UACUCUCCGUCCGUACGCAUCUGCUUCUGUGCCUGUUUACUUUAUUUUCUCGCCUGUAAACCUAAAAGAUCCCCCUCUUUUCCGUCCGUAACCCUAAAAUCUCGACCAUUCUUCGUAACUGUCUUUAAGAUUAGACUUUCCGCUACAUUUCACCUUCAAUUCCUUCAUACCCAUCAAUUAUUUUUAUUUUUAUAAAUUCGUUUUUCUUAUUGAACCUGUUCCCUGAAUGAUUCGUAUUGAACAUUUUAAUUUCGAGCUUUUUGUUUAUAAUGGCGUUAUUUUUUAGAUAAUACAAUUAUUAAAAUGUUAUUCGAUUCUCACAUUUUAAUUGAAUUUUUGUAAAUAAAAAAAAUGGGGUCGAGUUUGCUCCGGUGGGAAUCGGACCCUCUGUUUUCGGCAGCCGAGGUCGUUCAAGACUCCGUCGACAGGAUGGAAUCAAUAUUCCGUCUUUUGUUGCACGAGCAAAGUCUUCAAGGUGAGCACCCAGACCCAAAGCUAAUUCUGUCAAUUAAUUAUCAUAGGCGUGAUCUUGCAACAACCCUUGAAACAGCAAAAUGGCAGUUGGAAGAUUUUGAAAGAGCAGUCAACUUGUCAUCUGUGAUAGACAAGUCUCAAAGGCAGGAAGAUGUAGUUUCAAGACACAAGCAGUUUGUCAGAGCCAUCAGGGAACAAAUAAUUCAUGUGCAGAAAAGCCUCGAAGAUGCUUCAUUGCAAGAUACAGUGACAAAUACUGAGUGGGUUAACUUAGAUGAACAGGACAGAGAUAGGUUGGCAUUGUUUCUUUCCGGGGGAAAGCCCACUGAAAGCCUCAAUCGUUAUGAUUUAGAAGACUGUAGCAUAAUGGGAAGAUUUCUUGAUCCAAACACAACAUCUAAUUCUAAAGAUACUGCUGCUGGGCUUGCUGAGCACAGCAGCAGAGAAAUUGAAAGCCUGAAUAUUAAUGGGGUUUCACAUAUUGACCACAACUCUAAUAAGCUAAGGAAGGUGGGUUCUUAUUUUACUCCAAGGUUGGGUUGUGAAGCUCCGGAUUUUCUUCAAGAGACCUCUUGUAACAUACAUGGUGAGGAUGGGAGUUGGGAUCUGGAAGCUGAUGAACCCAAACCUAAAAGCUUCUUCCAUGAGAACAAGUUGCGGGCAUUGUUGGGCAGAUUAAAUUCGUUUGGUUUCUUGAAUAAUUUACGGACUGCCUGUAGGAGCACUGUCAGUAGGAAUUAUACAAAGAGGUUAAAGGAUGGAGAAGAACAAAGGCAUUCCCCAUCAUACGCUGAUGUUUCUCAUGGUGCACAGGGUCAGCAGAUGGGAAUGCAGAUGAGAAUGAGCAUAGGUUCCUGUUGGGCAAGAUAUCAAAAAUCUCCAGUCUGUGUUCGAGUUAAUCAACAUCUCAUUCGAUUGAUAUUGAUAAUACUGUUUACUGUAGUAAUUUUAGGUGUUUUGGUCUCCCAAAUAGCUUAGAGCAAUAUUAUCGGGUAUAUUCUGCGAUCAUUUCCUUGAAGAAUUGUAGCGAUGGUGAGAACAAUUGGUGCCAAGCUGCUAAUUCACCCGUUUCCUGACACAUCAUAUCUAGCCAGGGUGCACAGAGCUGUCUGUACCAACGGGCAUCAAUUUAUACCAUUCCUUGAUCAUGUGAUCCCCGUCAUUUCUGCUGGGAGUCCCAUCUUUUUAGUGUUGGAUGGAUUUAUAUGGCACCAAUUAAGUAAAAGAAAUAUAUUGGUUUUGAUAA